AUUCCAUGAUUGCAAUUUGCAAUUCCAGAUGGCAUUGAAAUCUGCAAAGCUUUUCAUUAAUGAAGUAGUGAAGCCCAAGUUUUGUGGUGGGAGAGGUGUGAAGGUGGCGGCGAUGGGUAAGAAGAGUGUGAAAUUCGAGGGUGUGAGUUUGAGUGAGGAUCUGCAGAAGAUUCUAGAUGCUGACAUGGACCACGUGGGCCCCAGGCGCCGUGCACGUGAUGCUUUCAAGCACAUUCAGCUCUCCAUUGAUCAUAUCUUGUUCAAGAUGCCAUGUGAUGGAUUGAAGAUGAUGGAGUCGUACGAGGUGAAUUCGAGAGGGUUGGAAAUUUUCUCGAAAAGCUGGCUUCCGGAAGAAGUUUCCCCCAAAGCAGUGCUUUGUUUCUGUCACGGUUAUGGCGAUACAUGCACGUUUUUCUUCGAAGGGAUUGCGAGAAAAUUAGCAUGUUCGGGUUACGGAGUUUUCGCGAUGGAUUACCCUGGGUUUGGUCUAUCGGAAGGGUUACAUGGCUAUGUUCCGAAGUUCGAUUGGAUAGUCGAUGACGUCAUUGAGCAUUAUUCUAAAGUGAAAGGAAAUCCAAAUUUUCGAACGCUGCCGAGUUUUAUUUUCGGGGAAUCUAUGGGUGGAGCAGUAGCCCUAAAGGUGCACCUAAAACAACCCGAUUCUUGGAAUGGUGCCGUUCUUGUUGCACCAAUGUGCAAGAUUGCAGAUGACAUGGUUCCACCAUGGCUAGUAACUCAAAUUCUAACCGGAGUAGCCAAAUUGCUUCCGAAACAUAAGCUCGUUCCGCAGAAGGAUUUAGCUGAGCUGGCGUUCCGAGAUGUCAAGAAGAGAGAACAGACGGCAUAUAAUGUCGUCGCUUACAAGCAUAAACCGAGAUUAAGGACAGCAUUGGAGUUGUUAAAGACCACACAAGAGAUUGAGCAGCAACUAGACAAGGUAUCUCUGCCAUUGUUAAUCUUGCAUGGGAAAAACGACAAAGUGACCGAUCCAUCGGUAAGCAAGGAAUUGUACGAAAAGGCUAAGAGCACAGACAAAACGCUUAAUUUAUACGAGGAUGCAUCUCACUCUUUGCUCGAGGGAGAACCCGAUGAAAUGAUACUACGGGUUUUUGGUGAUAUUAUAUCUUGGCUUGAUAGCCAUUGCUAAUAAUAUAUAUAUAUAUAUAUAUAUAUAUAUAUAUAUGUGUGUGUGUGUGUGUGUGUGUGUGUGUGUGUGUGUGUGUGUGUUGUGUGUGUGUGUGUGUGUGUUCUAGAUAUUUAAAACAUUGUAUAGAAAACUUCAUACUAUUAUUGAUUCUUGAUAUAUUCUGUACAAUAGGAUCAGAAAAUUUGGUGUUCAGAAAUUGUCUUGGAUUGUGAAACUAGGGCUGAAAAUUUGCACAGGGAAUUUUGAACUU